AUGCGAGAGCGCGUCCUCGCCAGUCGUCCCAGUAGUGACAAGAUCCUCAACCGAAACAGAGGAAUGCCUGCAGAGGCUGCAGUUCCUGGGAUGAAGCAAGAGAGGUCUGAAAGAGAGGAGGACCCACGACACAGCAGAAACAUCCAGACUGGAGUGGUUGGAGUGCCCCAUGAAGCCACUGAGGACCCCACCACCGUCCCAGCACCGCCCAGGCCCAGGACCCAACGCAGCAUCACGGAGGAGGAGGAGUGUCCACAGGUGCUGCUGCUGCUGAGUGGACUAAAGAUGGGGGAGCAAGGUGGUUGGCUGGAGGCUAACAGAGGAGACUGGGCGGACAUCUUGGAUUCCCAGACCGGUGCAGCCAAGGGCCCAGGGGACAACAUCACUGAGCAGGCCAGGACUAGAGAUGACAUAGUGGAGGUCAGUGGAUGGGACAGUGUCCUCAACUCUGGGCUGGGGAACAACACUGUUAAUAACAACCAGAAACAGACAGUGGGACACAAAACAACAACUGAACUGAGACCAGGACUGGCUGAGACCAGGGCAAGGCGUAGAAUUGGUCUGCGGGGACUGGGAGGUGUCCGUAUGCGGCUGAAGAGAACAGACACAGACUCGGCUAGCGAUGCUCCAUCCUGCUCCUAUAGUUGUAAUUCAGAGAGACUGAUGGCGCCUCAGGUUAACCCCCUAACAGGUGCUGCCUUCAGCCUGCCUUCUAUAGGAUCUAUCAACUGGAACAUGGACCCUGCGACAACACAGACACUUCCUGGCCUUCAUCCUCCUCACACUCUCCUUAUGUUAAACCAGACCUCAGAACACGCCCGUGCCUCAACACUAAAUGGCUACACAAGCCCAUUGACACAUGACCGUAGUAGAGACGGAAUCAGUAAAGGUGGCAGCGCCAAAGAGAAGCGCUUUCCGUGUUCGUUCUGUGGGAUAGCCUUCAGUUUCCCCAAACAGGUGGAGAUCCACCAGAGGAUGCACACGGGGGAGAAAGCGUUCAGCUGCCACCUGUGCCCGGCCAGUUUCUCCCGAUUGUCCAACCUGAAGAGGCACCAGAGGGUCCACACAGGGGAGAAACCCUACAGCUGCCCCCAGUGUGCGAAGAGGUUCUCCCACCACCACAAUAUGAAGGUGCACCUGAAGGUCCAUACGGGAGAGGCAGUGUCCCUGUAUGCACUGCAGGAGUAGCCUAGUCGUGUCUAAUAAUUGAGAGAAAUCGUAUCACUUGAAAUGUACGUAGGGGAUGUCUUGGAACUGUUAUUUAGAUUAAAUAUUAUAGUUAUCAUGUGAAGUGUCUUGAGGUAAGAGAGUAAUUAACCACAUACCCCUCAUUAAUCCUUUGUUAACUUGUCAUUUGAAACAGGCUAGCUGUUCCCGUAAACUUCCAGGCAUUGAGCCAACAACUAUCCAUUUAAAAAGCUUGUCUCUGCAAAAAUAUAAAAACGAAUGUACAUAUCUUUUGCGGAGGUGGCUAAAUUAAUAUAGAGGAAAAACUGAAUUCCCCUUUAAAAAAACAGCCCCCUCCCACAAUGGCACCACGUUCAGGAAGUAUCAUUUGUUGGUGGGGAAUAAAACGGUGUAAAGCUAAAUUAUUCCACUGUAAGGUUCCACCCUGUUAGGAUUAUGCACCUAACAGUUGUUAAAUGUUGUUUGAAAAAAUAGCAAAUAAAUGACUAAUGUCAAUAUUUAUUUCUCUUUGAAUAAUAUAUUUUAUGCAUAUUUAGAUACAUUUGUUGCUAAUAACAUUACAAUUAUUAAUUAGUUACAUAGCUUACAUAAUGUAAGUAAUGAAAUGUGCAUAUAUAAUUGUAAUUAGUAUGUAAUUGGCUAGCAACAAUAAAUCUGUUCAUGUUUUACAAACUCAGGUUGACAAUGUUUUUAAAAAUUAAAUUUUUGAUUUUAUCAAAUAAAUAGAAAGUAAACUAAUCCACAAUAUUCAUUAUUAUUAUAGGUGUAAUGUUUUUCAACCAUUUCAUUCAUUGAACAAAAAAUAUAAAACGCAACAUGUGAAGUGUUUGUCUCAUGUUUCAUCAGCUGAAAUAAAAGAUCCCAG